GAGGAGAGGAGGAGGAGGAGGAGGAGGAGGCGCGAGGAGGAGGAGGAGGAGGAGGAGCCGCACGCGCGACACGCACGUUCUGCGUCGGCCGCUGGGCAGAGGUUGCUGCUCCGGCGGUCCGGGCAGCAGUGGGGCGCGGCAGGUGCAGACAUCGGGCCGCGGUGCGCGGGGGAGGAAGACGAAGGCGCCCAGCGCCCGGCGGGAAGAGAGGAAGCCAGGCCCGCUCGGCCAGGUCUCGGCGGCGGCGGGGCGGGCGCUGCAAGGGGGGGGACCCGCCGGCGGCGCCAGAGGCAGCUGCUGGGAGGAAGGCAGCCCGAAGGCGGCCGGGCAGAGGAAAGGCUAGGCAGGAGGGUCGGGUAGUCAGUCACCUUCGCUUCGGUCCCUACAGCGACCUAUGGCC